AUACACAGGCGCUGACGGGCCGUGAUGCUGCACUGUUUGGGGAUAAAUGGCUUCACUUGGUGCUGAGGGGCUUCAAAGCAUGGGCAGGCUGCGGACAGGGAGCAGGGAGCACACACACGGAGACACGCACUGCUUUCGCACAUUGUGUGUGGAUGCACAAGAGGCUGCACACUUUUUGAAUGACUGUUCAUGUGAGGCUGGUGUUCUGGAUGGUGGAUCUGAUGUGUCGGGAAGCGUUGUAAUGACCUAAUACUGUUGAGGGUUAAAAUGUAGUCUGUCCAUUCAGUUGAUGGGUAAAUACAUUUGAAGUGGGACUUGAAGUUAUUAGUUAUAUUUUUUGGGAUAAAUCAUAAAGGCUGGUAUUUUUCAGUGAACAUAAGGACAUAAGCAGGAAUCACAUCAUGGAUGUUACGUUGGAUGUGAUUAACCCAGCGAUUUCAAGAGCUCUGUUGCUGGCAUGUGUGACUCUGUUGUUCUCCCUCCACCUGCGGCGGUGGCUCAGGCAGCGGUCUGACCGCUGCCCGCCCGGUCCGCUCGCCUGGCCGGUCAUCGGGAACGCUGCGCAAAUGGGCAAGGCGCCGCACCUGUAUUUUACGCGCUUGGCGAAGAAAUACGGCAACGUCUUCCAGAUUAAGCUCGGCUCUCGGGCCGUGGUGGUGCUGAACGGUGACUCCAUCAAACAGGCGCUGGUCAAACAGGGACUCGAAUUUGCCGGCAGACCGGACUUCACCUCCUUCCAGUACGUCUCCAGCGGGGACAGCCUCGCGUUCAACACCAUCACGGAUUGGUGGAAACUGCACCGCAAAGUGGCCCACUCCACUGUGCGGAUGUUUUCCACCGGGAAUCCACAAACCAAAAAGACAUUUGAGCACCACAUUCUCUGCGAGUUCAAAGAGCUCCUGCAGCUGUUUCUUGGGAAAACCAAGGCGCACGGAUAUUUCCAGCCCAUGACAUAUCUCGUGGUGUCCACAGCCAACACAAUGAGCGCGGUGUGCUUCGGGAAAAGGUACUCCUAUGAUGACCAGGAGUUUCAGCAGGUGGUGGGCAGGAACGAACAGUUCACCCAAACAGUGGGCGCAGGGAGCAUAGUGGACGUGAUGCCCUGGCUCCAGUACUUCCCAAACCCAAUCAAAACAGUAUUUAACAACUUCAAGAAACUCAACAUGGAGUUUGGUGUGUUCAUUCGAGAUAAGGUUAUUGAACACAGAAAAACAAUCAAGUCAAGCACCAUCAGGGACAUGACAGAUGCUUUUAUAGUGGCGCUGGACAAACUAAGAGAACAAAAAGGGGUUUUAUCAGAGAAAGACUAUGUGCCCCCCACUGUUGGGGACAUAUUUGGAGCAAGUCAAGACACACUGUCAACUGCACUGCAGUGGAUCAUCCUCAUACUUGUCAAGUAUCCUGAGAUGCAGGUGCGUCUCCAGCAGGAGGUGGACAAGGUGGUGGACCGCAGCCGGCUCCCCUCCAUCGAUGACCAGCCGCAGCUGCCUUACGUCAUGGCCUUCAUCUACGAGGUGAUGCGCUACACAAGUUUCAUGCCGCUCACCAUCCCCCACUCCGCCACCACAGACACCUCCAUCAUGGGCUACACCAUCCCAAAGAACACAGUCGUUUUCAUCAACCAGUGGUCUAUAAACCACGACCCGGCCAUGUGGUCCCAUCCAGAGACCUUUGACCCCCAGCGUUUCCUGGACCAGAGCGGUGCGCUGAACAAGGACAUAGCCAGCAGCGUGCUCAUCUUCUCCCUGGGCAAGAGGCGGUGCAUCGGCGAGGAGCUGUCCAAGAUUCAGCUGUUCCUCUUCACGGCCUUAAUGGCCCACCAGUGCCUCAUCAUUUCGGACCCAGCCAGACCCCCCAAACUGGACUACAACUAUGGUCUGACUCUGAAGCCUCAUGCCUUCUCCAUAGCAGUGUCUCUCCGUGAUGACAUGAGGCUGCUGAAUGUGGCCACCAGGCAUGCGUUCGCUGCCGAGGUCAAAGGCGAGCCCUCAUCAGACUCAAACUCAUAAACUAGAAAAGUGCACUCAGUGGAGCGCAGAUCUCCUGCAGGCCUGGUGUCACCAAACGUAUAAAUAACACGCUCAGUGACUCAUUUCGCGUGUUGUCACAAUGCCUUUUUUGCUUCUUGCGUGUCAUUUCAAACCAUUUAGUCUCUACUUACUUAUAUUGUGCAAAGACUAUUGUCAUUUUACACGUGAAUGUCACAGAGAGAAACAUGUCAGGUGAGAACGCAUGAAGAGCCAGAAAGUCCGCGUAGGGAGAAGGUCGGGACGGAGGGCUCAGACUGGUCUGAACGUAAUCGACAGGUGUUCCAGAGGACGGGAACGCCCUCUGUUAUGAUUGACUCCUGUUGUACCUGAACACUCACUUUUUCUUCUUCUCUACUUUGUCCUUUUUGCCCCAGAUGUAUAUCUGUGCAACAAAUAAAUUAAUUAAUUAAUUUUCAAACUUCCAAAAUUAUUCUUUUCACACCCAUUUGGGACACAUUAAAAACAACCGAGAAGUAUCAUGGGCUUUCUAAUAAAAAUGAAAUAGAAAAACCCAGGAAUGUUUCUUUACAACAAUGUUUGAUGUACACAUAAGACAGAAGUUCAUUUAAAUUUCUCUCUCACACACACACAUACACACACACACACACACACACACACACACACACACAGAGGCCACAUCUCACACUACCAGCAGUCCACCUGGGACUAAUCUGGUUUAAUACAACAUUAAAUACAGUCUGACAUACAACUUAGCCUCUUCCUUUUUCAUUCAUCAAGGUGGAGGACUGAAGUCAGCUGCACAUCGCUGGCCUCAGUGAUGGCCUUCCAAGUCUCAACCAGACCUCAGUACAGGCGACAUUGCGGUUACAGGAGUUAGAAGCUUAAAGAGCUGCUGUAACACACCCUUGUGAUUGUGUGGGAAUACCAAUGGAUUUAUUAGUAGAAGCCAUCAAGCUUACAGGGACGUCAUAGUGUUGUCAUGCUUUCUAUUAAUAUUUUUGCUGUCAGAUUUUAACAAUAAGAUUUUUCCCCCCUUAAUAAGUGUUCCGAAACUUUGUAAUGCAACAUCCUCAACUCCUCAAAACAUACAACAAUAUGUACUAUUUGAAGAAUAAAAUAAAUAAAGUGGAGUUACAGGAUAAUGUGCCAUCUGAGGUCCUGACAGAUGUCAUUCUGCAUGAACAGGCAAAUAAGCUCAUGGAGUGCAUCAGCACUGUAAUAAAAUGAAAAUCCUCAUUACUACUAACAUGUUCUUUUAAAUAUAUAGUGUAAAUGCUUAGUUACUCAGGAAUAAGGUGAAUGAAAUAGCAAAUAUUUUUUGGCAUUUAUUUGAAUUAGAAUGCUUUUGAAAUGCAUCUAUAUUCUGAAACUUACUGUAGCUGUUUGAAAAACAAGGCAAAGAAGCGUAAAGGGUACGCCAAACCGACCUGCAUGUUUCUGUCAACUGUUGUCCAAUGCACAUAUGAAAAGUUGAAUAAUAGCUCAGUGUUAUUUAGUCAUUUACUUCUCUGUUUUUGUUACAACCUUUUAUGUUUCUGUUUGAAUGUUGUAGAAUGCUGCUUUAUGGAAAACCUUUCACUUCAUUUUUUCAUCUCCAUGCUAAAGAUGCCAGUAACCAAAUUAUGUCUUCUUCCUAUGGUUUUAUUUACAGAAAUAUUCAUGCUGUCAAAACGAGGGUUAAAUACUGGGGGUCACUUUUGACAUUCUUUAUAUACUCAUUUAAUUGCUGUCUCAGCAUGGGAGACCUUCUUGGAUUUGAGCAUUUGUUUGCUUUCGGCUGUAUCAUUUUUUCAACCUGGCUGUGUCAUGACAUGUUUACAGUGGUGGAAGAUGUAUUCAGAUCCUUUACUUAAUUAAAAGAACUAAUACCACACUGUGAAAAUACUCCACAUAAGGCCUGUAUUAAAAUCUUACAAAAGUAACAAAUUUAUUAUCAGCUAAAUGUACUUCUAGUAUAAAAAGAAAAAGUAGUUAUUCUGCAGUAAAAUGACCCUUGUAAGUGUUACUGUUAGUCCAUAUAUAAUCUUUUUGUUGCUUCACUGUGCAUGUUGCAUUUUACUGAUAGAUGUUUAAGGUUGAGCUCAUUUUAACUACUUUAUAUACUGUUUAUACAGUGCAUCAUAUUCUACUCAUCAUAUGUUUGAUGUGUUGCUGUCCUGUGAGAACCACAUAUCUCUAAUAAGUGCAUUUUCCAGCUGAUCCAAGGCGGGUUUAAAUAGUUUAUUUAUCUUAAGAAGGAAGUAGGAGAAUGUUCUCAACCUAUAAAGGAAAAAAACUGGGGAAAAAAACUAAUUCAAAAUCACCAACUCAGGAAAUACAUGGUUUUCACUAGAUAGGAAUUAUAUAAAAAAUAUAACUAGUAACUAAAGCUGUCAGACAAAUUCAGUGUAGUAAAAAGUAAAAUAUCUUCCGAUGAGACUCAAGUAAAGCGCAAGUAGGCUUACCUCGAAUUUGUUCAAUACUUCAGUAAACUGCAUGUUUGAACCCAUGAUGGAAAUUACAUCUUUCCGGAGGGUGGUGUGGUUCUCAGCCUCUGAGUCAUGUUUUAAAAUACUGCAUAUGUAUAAUAUACAGUGCUGUUGUGUACAGUGCAGGAGAAGAAAAUAAAAAACAUCAACAUUCUGAAAAA